AUGCAGCCUGAUCCAACCCCUCCUGCUAUGCUCGCACCGGACGACGCGCCCACCGAAGCUGCCCCCGCUGAGCUCGCGCAUGCCGUCGAGGAGCAUGACGCCCCCACGGAUGACAACACAGGGCCUGAGGCGGCAACCAACGAGGGCGAGGAGCCCUAUCUCCCCACGCUCAUGCUGACUAUUGAUGAGUGGACGAGCCCAAACCACAGGCACUUUACGAGUCUUGUCGCCCGCCUGGAGGACAAGGACGCCCAAGUCAAUUUCACCCUUCCGGAGGUCUACAGUGACCUUAUGACGUCGCGCGAGCACUGGCAGGGGUGGCUCGAGGUCUUGGAUGCCCCAAACGGCCAUGGCAUCAUCCCCGCUGGUGUCACCGAACGGCAGCGCGAUAUCAUGUGCCGUCUCGCCCGCACUCUCAUCCACUUCAGCGAGCAGACCGCCUCGGCUGAGCACGAGUCCGACUGGGCUCGCUUCAUCAACAAGCUCGAGGUGUACGCGCGCACCAAAGGCCUCACGGAUGAGUGCCACCUGGCGCUCAUCACAGACUGGGCCAAGCAGGAGUACCGCGCAUCUAGAGCUUGGCGCGUGAGUCACCCCGCUCGUAUGGCCGACCUCGGCGCAUGCUCUGUCCCUCACAACAAGUCCAUCGAGGCGCGCGACGGCAUUACGGCAGUCCGCAACACCGUCGAUGAGGAUGGAUGUCUCAGUGACGUUCUGUCACUCGAGACCGUCAGCGAGUAG